UUGAAACCAGUGGGCGACCCCUCGAAAUUUUUCCACAAACAAAUAAAAACAACUGCAGAGUCCUAAGGUCCAAGAACCAGUCUACUGACCCAGUUAUUUUGUUUUUGAGUCGAAUUGAAACGCUCCAGAACAUCAUAAAACCUAAACCCACUCUCUUGCAAGAUUUUGGUCUUUGCCACCCAAAGAAACUGAGAGAUUUUGGUAAAAAAGCAAAUGCAUUUUCUGAUGGAACAUCGAGAUUUUCUCAUUUUUUCUCUGUGUUUUCUAUUUCUUUUAUCGAAUCUUUCUCAUUCUGUUGCCCGAUUUUCUGGAGGAAAAGAGUCGGUGAUGAAACUGACGACGGGCACCUCUUCUGUUCCGUUGGAUCCAACGCGGGUGAUCCAAAUCUCUUGGCGUCCCAGGGCUUUUAUAUACAGGGGAUUUUUGACUGAUAAGGAGUGUGAUCAUCUCAUCACUCUGGCUAAAGAUAAGCUGGAAAAGUCUAUGGUAGCAGACAAUGAAUCUGGGAAGAGUAUAGAAAGUGAAGUCCGCACAAGUUCUGGCAUGUUUCUUAAGAAGGCUCAGGAUGAAAUAGUUGAGAGUAUUGAAGCAAGGAUUGCUGCUUGGACCUUCCUCCCUCCAGAGAAUGGGGAAUCUAUUCAAAUAUUGCAUUAUGAGCAUGGAGAAAAGUAUGAGCCACACUUUGAUUAUUUUCAUGAUAAGGCCAAUCAAGAACUAGGUGGUCAUCGGGUGGCUACUGUACUUAUGUACUUGUCAAAUAUUGAGAAGGGUGGAGAAACAAUUUUUCCAAAUUCAGAGGCAACUCAGCUUAAGGGCAGUGACUGGUCCGAUUGUGCUAAAAUUGGCUAUGCAGUAAAACCCCAGAAAGGUGAUGCGUUGUUGUUCUUUAGUCUUCACCCCAAUGCAACCACUGAUGCAUUAAGCUUGCACGGGAGCUGUCCUGUCAUUGAAGGCGAGAAGUGGUCAGCGACAAAGUGGAUUCACGUGAGAUCUUUCGAUAUACUACAUGAGAAUUCUGUGAGUGGAGAUUGUGUCGACUCGAAUCCAAACUGUCCUGCAUGGGCUCUCAAGGGUGAAUGCGAGAAAAAUUCUUUAUAUAUGGUGGGUUCAGAAGAUUAUAUGGGUCAUUGUAGGAAGAGCUGCAAGGUGUGCUCGUCGUAGUAACUUCUGUUCUCGCAAAUUAACAUGUUUGUAAGAGAGCAGAACUUGUCUAUUAUUAGUGUAUAUAAUGGUAAUCUGUGUUUUUACCCUCACAGUAGUUUAACAUUUUGAUCAAUCUUAUUAAUCAAGUGUGGACAUUAACAUCGUGGGUUAGA